AUGGAGGUUAAAGAUGGAGAGGUCACAAGAGUCAUUCCCAAAACUAGAAAACAAUAUAAUGACUCUGACAGACUAUUAGUCCAGAAAAAUCAUAAAGCAAGGAAGCUUAUGAUAUGUGGCCUUAGUAUAAAUGAAUACGAUCUGAUUUCAUCUUGUGAAUCAGCCAAGGAAAUUUGGAAUCUGUUAAAAACAACUUAUGAGGGCACUGAGGAAAUAAGGAAAUGUAAGCUAGAUCUCUUUUCUACUCAGUUUGAAGAUUUCACCAUGAAUGAUGGUGAACUCAUUCAUGAAGUGCGCACCAGAUUCUCCAACAUCACAGAUGAGCUCAUGUUUCUUGAAGAACAUGUUCCUAUUGUCAAGCAAGUCUCUAAGAUACUGGAAAUUCUUCCUAGAUCUUGGACAAAUGAUUUUGUAACUGGAAAUGAUACAAGAGAACCUGAUGUAAUGACGAUGUAUACACUAUUUGAGCAUCUUCAAGUUCAGGAGAUGCACAGAAAAAAUGAGGGGCUUUUUCUCAAGGGCAAAGACAAGAAGACUGAUCUGGUUAAUGAGGCCGAUCCUACAAAAGAAAAUAAUGACAAGGCUACCAGCUCAAGCGAAGUGUGUGGCAUGAGUUAUCUGUCUGGUCACUCCAUUGGAAACUUUUCUGUGCACAAAGCUGACCACAUGACAUUUGUCACAACUGCAGAAGGUAAAGACAAAGAGGGGGACCAGGUCCAUCCCAAGAUAAGCAGAAGAGAAGUCUUCUUCGGGGCAGUAAAAAGAGAAAUGGCUGCAUGGGAAAAUCCUCAAGUGAUUCAGAUGAUUCAGAAAACACAGAUAAUGUUUUCAUGGCAAAGUCAGACGAGGAAGAUUCUGAUGAAAAGUGAGAUGACAGAUGAGAAGGUUCUCAUAAACAACAGCCUAGACAUGUUUCAAGAUGGAAAAAUUGCUAUAGUUGCCCAAAUAUCUGAUAUUAAAAGUCAAAUGGUUGUUCUAGAAGCAGAAAAUCUAGAACUGAAGGAAAAGAUAAAAGGGGCGACUACUACAAUUUUUAAAUGA